AAAAGUAUAUGGUCUUGUUAAAUGGAAGUGAGUUUUAUUUUGAAAUUUAAACAAUGUGCUCGAUAUGAGCGGUGUCGGAGUUAUGAUUGCUUCAGUUAUGUGUUAGUUUUUUUGGUAAUUAAUUGAAUUUUUUUGUAUUUUCGUGACACUGUUCUGCUUGAAGGGAUGAUGAUACGUUUUACAGCCAAAUAACCUAAAGCUAAUUAAAUAAUUUAAUUAUUUGUUUGUUUAUAUUAGCUAAACCGGGAACUAAAUUAUAUUUGUUAUUAUACGUUUGAUGUGAAUAAAAAGGAAACUGAAAGAAAUGUUAAUGAAAAUGUUGUGAAAUAUCAAAACAAAUGAAUUAUUUAUGGAAAACAAUGAUUUUUAUGUUUUUCAUUACUUUUGAGGAUAUAAAUAAAUCUUUCGCCUGUACAAAUCCAUGAAUGUACGUGUCGAGCAUAUGUCAGCUAAUAAUUAUUCAAAUUCAACGUUCAAUUUUUUAUUAUAAAAUUCAUCCACUACAAAUAUUUCAUUACUGAAGACAUGAAUAUUUAUGGAUAUUUUAUUACUGAUGUUAAAAUGUUCAUACUACAAGUUGUAAACAGUUUUUUGGAUUAAUUAUGUGCCGAUCGUUUUGGAACAAAAUAAUAAAAAACUGUGAUGCUUACUCCGAGGGAUUAACCAAACGAAAACACUACAACUAAUAAACUGAUUCAGGACGACUAUAAACGAACAAUGUUAUUUUUUUUAACAUUUAUUUCUUGUACCAUACUUAAUGGAGUUUCAUCGGAUAUAACAGCUGAUCCAAAAUUUAGCGCUCCGAUACAAAAUGCAACAGCUCCAGUCGGUAGAGAAGCAGUUCUGACAUGCGUGGUACAGGAUUUGGCAUUGUAUAAGGUAGCAUGGUUGCGUGUUGACACUCAGACUAUACUUACAAUUCAAAAGCACGUUAUAACAAAAAAUCACCGAGUCUCCAUUACAUACUCAGAGAAAAAUACCUGGCAACUGAAGAUUAAGGACAUACGAGAAUCUGAUCGUGGAUUUUAUAUGUGUCAAAUAAAUACUGAUCCAAUGAAAAGUCAAAUGGGAUAUCUGGAUGUUGUGGUUCCACCUGAUAUAUUAGACUAUCCAACCAGUACUGAUAUGGUCGUCACGGAAGGUAGCAAUGUGACUUUAAAAUGUGUUGCAACUGGAUCUCCUACACCAACUAUAACAUGGAGACGUGAAGGUGGUGAGCCAAUAAGUUUACCUGGCGGUGUUGAAGUACUUUCAAUGGAUGGUUCUAGCUUCACCAUACCAAGAGUGAAUCGACUUCAUAUGGGUGCUUAUUUAUGUAUUGCAUCCAAUGGUUGGCCGCCUACAGUUUCGAAACGAGUUAUGUUAAUUGUCCAUUUUCCUCCAAUGAUAUGGGUUCAGAAUCAACUAGUUGGGGCGUACGAAGAGCAACGUAUGCUGGUUUUAGAAUGUCAAUCUGAAGCAUAUCCGAAAUCAAUUAAUUAUUGGACCAAAGAUAGAGGAGAAAUCGUACCUCAAAGUGAAAAAUAUGAAACUAUGUUGGUAGAUAAUGCUUACAAAGUGGCGAUGAAACUACUGGUUAAAAAAGUUGGCCCAACUGAUUUCGGUUCAUAUAAAUGUGUUGCCAAAAAUUCUUUGGGUGAAACAGAUGGAACGAUAAAAUUAUACAGAAUACCUCCGAAUACGGUCAAUGCAAUUGAAUCCUCAGAGAAGAGACCCAGAGGAAAAGUCCGCAAAGGAGGUAAUAGUUACGAUUCUAACGACAUCGUGGAUGACCCGGAAAGUUUAAGCAAACGGAAAGAAUUGAUGGUUGGUGAACACGUGGAGCACUACGAAGUAUCAUUGUCUUUCAGCGUUGAAUUAAAUGGGUCGUCGUCUUUAGUUUUUGUAACCGUUAUAUUAUAUAAUGUAAUAUUAUUAAACAAUCUCUGAUAAAUUUAUACAGGUUGUUAUAAAUGAAUAAGAAGUCAAUAAGGAAACAUGUGUAACUUACCAUGAUAAAUGUUUUAAUAUUAAGUAAAGCUCGGAAUAGGUCAGGACUGAUCCGACCCGAACUUAAAUAAAACCUGAUCCGACCUGAAAUGGAAUAAUUAGACCUAAUAGAUCAAGUUACCAGACCUUUUAGGAAAUCCCUUUACAUUUACACUAGAAAGAUAUAGAUUCAAUUCAGGUCAGGUAGGAUCAAAUAUUUCUCAUUUCAGCUCAGGUUAACGAAAAACUGACCUGCUGCAAGCUCUAUUAUAAAAUUAAAAACAUGCAAAGUUCGAAUGUUGACGAUUAAAGUUUUGGUUUUGUUAGCGUAGAUAACAGUUGGUAAACAGCAUUUUCGUGUUAUUUGUUUGUAGUUGAGCAACGUUGUCUGAGAUUCGGCAUUUUUGAUUUUCUGUGAGGUAAGUCAUGCGCUCGGUCAUAGGCAUUUUAUAAAAAUAUGAAUUAUGCUUAUGCAUCUGAACCUGUUGGAAAUAAGAGAAUUCAAAUGAUAC